CUCGCCCAGUGCAUUGUGGUCUGUGUGCUAAAGGAAGCUGCUGCAGCGGAAUCUGAAGAAUUUGAGGUGUCCGCCAAGUCUGCUGUUCAUCGUUAACUUAGUCUGUCGGUACCUCUCUGCACUGUAAGGACUGCAAGGUUUAACAAGCAGUAAAAAAUGUCUCAGGCCGACAAAAUGAAGCAGGGCCAGUUCACCAACCCUGAGACCCCAGGGUAUGUUGGAUUCGCCAACCUGCCUAAUCAGGUUCAUCGCAAGUCAGUAAAAAAAGGAUUUGAGUUUACAUUGAUGGUAGUAGGUGAAUCUGGACUUGGAAAAUCCACCCUGAUCAACAGCCUUUUUCUCACUGACCUUUACCCUGAGAGAGUCAUCCCUGGAGCAGCAGAAAAGAUAGAAAGGACGGUUCAGAUCGAGGCAUCAACAGUAGAAAUUGAGGAGCGAGGAGUGAAGCUCCGUCUCACUGUGGUAGACACACCAGGAUAUGGAGACGCCAUCAACAGCCAGGACUGUUUCAGCACGAUUAUCAGCUACAUUGAUGAUCAGUUUGAGCGCUACCUCCACGACGAGAGCGGUCUAAAUCGUAGACACAUUGUUGACAAUAGAGUUCACUGCUGCUUCUAUUUCAUCUCCCCGCUUGGUCACGGCCUAAAACCCCUGGACGUCCAGUUCAUGAAGGCCAUUCACAAUAAGGUUAAUGUGGUUCCUGUCAUCGCCAAGGCGGACACUCUCACCCUUAGAGAGAGGGAAAGGCUCAAGCGCAGGAUUCUGGAUGAGAUUGAUGAACAUGGUAUUAAGAUUUACCACCUUCCUGAUGCUGAGUCAGAUGAGGAUGAGGACUUCAAAGAGCAAACUAGGAUCCUCAAGGCUAGCAUCCCAUUUGCAGUUGUAGGAUCCAACCAGCAGAUUGAGGCCAAAGGGAAGAAGGUGAGGGGCCGUCUGUACCCUUGGGGAGUGGUGGAGGUGGAGAACCCAGAGCACAACGACUUCCUCAAGCUGCGCACCAUGCUGAUAACCCACAUGCAGGAUCUACAGGAAGUGACCCAGGACCUGCACUACGAGAACUUCCGCUCGGACCGCCUCAAACGGGGUGGCAGGAAAGGACCGGAGCCGGAGGAAAUGGACAAGGAUAUGAUCCUGCAGGAGAAGGAGGCUGAGUUGAGACGAAUGCAGGAGAUGAUUGCAAAGAUGCAGGCCCAGAUGCAGAAGCAGGGAGAUGGAGAGGGAGAAGGCCCCAAUGCGUGAAAAGUCAACGGUUUUUGAGCCACUGCUCCACAUCGACCAGAGAGAAUGGGAUUGAUAGCAGAAAAGGUGUAAGAGCUGUCUGGUUAUUGACUCCUACUGCUUGCCACUAUCUUCAUUCAGUCCCACGUGGGAUCUGGAGUCAUUUUUUUUAUACAUACAGUAAAAUAUACUCAAACAGUGUUAUGUUUAUAUAUUUACACACGGUUCUUU